UUGAUGACAAAGCAAUCAUUAGCUGUCUGAUGCAGUUUAUUGUACAUCUGUUGUGCCUAGAUAUAAACGUAUCCACACUAAAGAAACAAUAAAUGAUGCAUGAUUUUUGGAUUUGCCUCAGGUGAAAUAUGUCUUGCCAUAUAGAUCUUUUUAGUACUGCUUUUGUUCAUCUCAUCAUAACUUAAUCUGCUCCGGGCCUUUUGUAUAUUUAACUCAAAUUCCAUAGUGAGGACAGAGGGCACAAAGUUCACUGUAACAGAUGUAGCUGCGGUGGUAGGUUUUUUUUUCUGUUUUUAUGACCACAGUGUCUUCUCUCAGUCAUCCUUGGGGCAAUCAUCGCUAUAAAACAAUCCCCCUUGCUGUGUUUCUGUUGCCUCUUGACCUCAUCACACCCAUCUCACGGACGUUGUAAACAAACUCAAACAAACCACGAUCAGCAGAUCGCUUCUGCUUGUCCAUUAUCCACUGACCAAAGUGACCGCUUCAGCCCUACGCGCAUACCAAGAACACAAGAAGCCGUAACUGUGGCCACCUCAAAAAUAUCCAUCUUCUUCACCAUGAACUUGUAAAAGUUGGUUUUCUUGGUGAGGCUGUUGGAUGAGUUGUGUAAGUGUCCUCACAUGGCAGGAUGAGCGGUAAAAAAUGCUGACAUAGAUUUCCUGUCAGGAUAUAGUCACAUGGGGGGAGUUGUAACUUUUUUACACUUCAUAAACUUGUAGAGGAAUUAGAGGAAGGUUGGACAACAGAGAGGUAGGAACAUCUUACUGUGUUUAGCUUUGAUUUAAGCAUAUAUCAGUGACUUUUGAAAGAACUCCUUUUUCUUCUGCUUGAACUGCAUCCCAUUAUUCAACAUUAAUACUUUUUUGCAAUGGCUUUUAGUGCCUUCAGACAAGCUCACAUAUAUGAAAAACGAGCAGUCUCGAAAGAGGACAAAUCCUGCAUCCAGUGCCUUGAGUGCUAUGACCAAAAUGUUUACAUAGGGACUAAAGAUGCAACAGUCCAACACCUCAUUCUGACAAGCAGCACAAAUGGAGACAAGAGCCCUGGCCUGACCAAAAUCAGAGAAGGUAGAGCAAGAAAACUAGGCUCAAGCAACUCUGUAAAUCAACUGAGGGCAGUCCCACUUUUCAACCAUCUGCUGGUCCUGUGGGACCGGAGCGUUACUGCCCUCAACAUGUUUUCCUUAGAGCCUGUUCCUGCUCUGAAGAAGAUCCAGCAUGUGUCUUUGUUUGAGGUGUGCGACUCAUUGCUCGCAUCGGAGGGGACGUGUGUGCAGAUGGUGACGUCUUCCAGCCGCAGGAAAGUGCUCCGGAUCCAUGUGGUGGGAGUGGACAGGUGGGAGGUUGUAAAGGAAGUCUCUGUGCUCCAAGACCCUGUGGCCUUGGCGGUGGAUGGUGCAACUCUGUGUCUUGCCACCAGUGACAGGUACCUCCUCUGUGAUAUUCAGACUGGCAGCUGUGAGGAGCUCUUUCCUCAUAAUCACAGCAGGCAGCAUGUUAUCGUUACCUCACUGGGAGAAGGAGAAUUCCUCUUGAAUGGGCCCGAAUUUUUAGGCAUGUUUGUGAUGAAGACAGGGAUAUGCCAGCGCCCUCCCCUUCAGUGGCCUCAGGAGGUGCUGGCAGCCGGGGCAUGUUUCCCUUACGUCCUAAGCCUGCAGCCCGAACUGUUGUCUGUUUACAGCAUGUUGGAUCAGCAACGCAAACAGACUGUGAGUCUCACUGGAGCAAGGGGUCUACUUUCCACUUCAGAUGGUGUGUUAGUGUUCACAGAGAGAGACAUUUUCAGCCUGAGCCUGGUGCCAUUCGAAGAGCAGAUCCAGGCACUUGUAAGGCACCAAAGGGUUGAGGAGGCCUUAUUGCUGCUGGAAGGGGCUCAAAGCCGUCAUCCACUUGACUCAUACAAGGAGCUACAGAAGGCCAUCACUUGCCUGGCUGGAUUUGCUCAUUUUUACCAGGAGGGUUUUUCCCAAGCCAAAGAUCUAUUCAUUAAAGGUGAGCUGGACCCGAGAGAAAUCAUCCGCCUCUACCCGGAUAUGUGUCUCAGCGAGGACUUUCAAUCUCAUCUUGAUCAAAUAAACAAGGGCAGAGAUCUCCAGGUGCUCAAGAAGGAGGACAGAAACAAAUUUCAUCAUUACCUGGCCUUCCUGGGAGAUUUUCUCAGAGCAGUAAGGGGGACAGAGAGAGGCCUGAAGUGCAGUAAGGAAGUGGACAGCACCCUCCUGAGGCUGUAUGUAGAAAUGAACGAUGAUGAAAAACUCCAACAGCUUGUUGCUUUUCCCAGUAAGUGCAGUCUGGACCUCUGUGUCCCUGUUCUGGAGCAACACCACAGAUUUUUUGCUUUAGGUUCCCUCUACGAAAGCCACGGGCUGCACACUGAUGCAGUAAAGACUUGGGUGAAGAUUACAGAUGGCUUGUGUAAAGAUUCUUCCUGCUCAGAUGUAUAUGGACACAUCGUGGCGACUCUCAGUCAGCUCAGAGACAAAGACACCGUGUGGGCAUUUGCAGAUUGGACUUUACAAAGAAACCAAGAGACAGGUGUGCAGAUUUUCAUCAAGCGCCCACCAGAUGGUCAAUUUGAAACACAAGAUGUCCUCACAUUCUUGGAGACGUUUCCACUGGCAUUGAUUUUCUAUCUUGAGUACUUAAUCCAUGAUUUAAAUAGCGAGGAAGAGAGCCAUCACAACCGUCUGGCCCUGGCAUAUGUUACUCAGAUGCUGCAAAAGGAAGAUGAAAGAGUGAGGGUGACCAGAGGGAAGCUGCAGCAGCUGCUAUGGGAGUCCAAAUUCUAUAACAUCUCCACAGUGCAUGACAGAGUAAAGUCAACAACCCUACACCCAGAAAAGGCCAUUCUCCUUGGUAGGUCUGGUGAACACUACCAAGCACUGCAGAUGCUUGUACAUGAGGAGAAAGACCUCCAGGCUGCAGAGGCCUACUGCUGCAGGGCAGCCCAGGACCAGGACUCACAAUUCAGGGAGGUCCUCCUGCUCACUCUUCUCCAAAUCUACCUGAGCUCCAAGGAUCUCACAGGCGCAGCUGUGGAUCUUCUUAACAGCCAACCUCAUGUUUUUGCACUGGAGAAGGUACUCCAGCUCCUUCCUGAGUCCUGGUCUGUUCAACUGGUCUCUCAGUUUUUAGUCGUAUCCCUCAGGGAAACCUUCCACCAGAGGCAGAUGGUGAGAUUGCAACAGGCUUUGGCCCAGGCGGAGCUCCUGAGGCACAAGGUCACUUGGAUGCAGGUCUCAAAAACAAAGUUCAGAGUGGACAAGGAGCAGAAAUGUAGAGUUUGCCAGAGAGAACUUACAGAACCACACUUUGUUCGUAACCUGCGAGGUGAGGUGGUGCACAUAAGCUGCAUGGGCUACUCUGCAUUAUAACAACAGACUUUUUUUUCUCACUGGACUUUUAAGAAUCUCCUUCAUUUUUUACAUUUCUGCUUCCAACCUGAUGAUUGGUCUGAUCAUAGAGCCAGACUCUACCAGAAUCAAAGUCAAGGACAACUUUGCUACUAAGAUUUUAAAAAAAAAAUGUUUAAACAAAGGGAUUCAAACUGGAAAAGAACAAGCAAUGCAGUUUUUGCAGGCAACCAUUUUUAGACAGAUUGUAGACAUCAAGAGCAAUAAAGUCAGUUGAGAAAAACCCUCAGGGGUGUAUAUUCACUGAUCAGACAGUGGUAUUUUACAUGGAAACCACCUGUGGUCACCCUGAUGACCAGAAGGAAUAUGGCCGUCCUCCACUGCUGUAUAUAUACAUCCCUGCCAUCAUGGUUUCCACUGUGUAUAUUUGUGUACACAGAGCUGGAAAUAGACAGUCAACAACCGAGAGGCUGCACGUGAGAGACUUUUUUUAUUCAGCACAAGCAUUAAUAAACGUUUAUUACACCCUGAAAUAGAAAUCACAAUUGCAGGUUUAAAACUGGAACGUAAACACUGUGGUCAAAGUUUUGAGUCACUUUAAUUUAAUAAACUAAUUUUACGAGCAAGCAAAUGACAUGUCUGCACCAUCUAUAGAAUAUUUUUUCCCCAGCAUCAUUCCUGUAUCAUUAGAGAGCUUCCAAAAACUAUCACACAAACUCCAGUGCGUCCACAUGUACAGCAUGGAAAUCAUCUGAACACUUAAACAUAUAUCAUUAAAGUCAUAAAGUAUUUGUCUGUUUGUGCUGUAAUUUUGUCAUUAAGGCUAACCAUAGCAAUUUCUUUAUUCUGAUGCAUUUUGAGAUAAGCGCUCAGGAGACGCCUAAAGCAGCAGCACUAACUCGGGCAUGUGGUUGGACUGCUUAAGGUUUCAGCUGGAGCUGAGUGACUAAUUGUAGUACAGAUAAAUGG